UCUCGCAGUAAGUGUAAAUCGAAUGAAGCAUGUAUAUUGAUAAAGUGUUCUUAAUUAUCUUUUGCGUGACAAGCGCGUGUUGCAUCGAUCAAACGUCGACACGAAAUGCCAGGACAAUCGAUCUGUCACCGUCGUUUCUCACGUGGCCACAAACGUUGUUCGGGAAUCGACUCUCAAUUUUCGCAAGAAAGUUCUGGCCGAGUCAAUUCCAAAUCCGGGAAUGGACUAGAAGUCUUCUACGCUUCCUAUAUUUCGGAGAAACUGAUCAGGGUCCAAUACGCAUAGAGUUCAGACCCGAAGACGGGCCACGCGCAGCGGAAAUAUAUCAACGGCGCUUCGGAUAUCGUGGAGAGUGGCUCAUCGAGCAGUUGGGGAACGGUCUUGGUCCUGAUAUUCGACUAGGUAGAUUGCAACCUGUGCCGAGUACUUUCUUGACUCCACCUUUACUUCCUUUUAAAGAUGGUAAAAAUUUCUUUUGAUCCACAACACACGCAUGCAAGUGCACUUGAUACAUGUAAUCGAUGGAACUAUAAACUAUAUUUAAUCAGUAAGAUAUUUUCACUCUUUGAGUUCUUAAAAGUAGAAUUAAUUCUCAAGUGUACACAUGUAUAAACGACACUAUUUAUUAUUUUAUUAUUUAUUUCGUGAGUUAUUUAUAGAGUGUAAGAAAUUGUUGUUGGAUAAGUGACAGUCAUUUUGUGA